AUGGACAGUGAAGAAUUUCAAAGACAAAUUGACGAGACUCUGAGGAAAGAGGAAGGAGGAGGGAAAGGGAAGGAGGUCGAAGAGGUUAGUGAAGGAAGAAAAGGCGAUGAAGAAGAAAGAGAAAGAGACCAGAAUGAAGGCGGAGAAGUAAGAGACGAAGGUGAAGGUCGACUCACGGAGGAUCUGGCACCAGGACCAAGCGGACAAGAGGAGCUUCCCACAACACGCCAAUCGAAGAGGAAGAAAGCCCCCCCGAAACCCUUCCCACCACCAUCAAACCCAAAACCUGUUGGACAGAAGAAAGGAAAGAAGAUCAAGUUAGCAGACGGGAAAAGUCAAGUGGUGGAGGCAGAAGGAAGGAAGAAGAGUCAACCAGCAGGAGUGAUAAAGCCCGGCAGCGGGAGACCAACGACCAAACAGCAACCAACGCCGAAACGGAAGACAACUCAGAACGCUGAAUCUGAAGACAAAGAACAACACAAGGAGUCAUCAGGUGAAGAGGAAGAAGACCAGCAAGAACCGAAUGCAGGGGAAUUAUGGUGUGGGAAAACAGUCCAAAGAGAUGAACACUCACGCGUGAGAACGGUGGGCGGUAUAGUAUUGGGUGACAAGAGUGAAUUGGAACAACCGGUCGAAGACCAAAACAUAGCCGAACCUUCCGUCACUGACGUGGUGGCCUCACAACUUGAGGAAGCGAUCAACGCCGCAUUCGCAGCUGGAGAUCGGAAACUGUACGACAACCUGUCAAAACAGAAAGAGGAAUGUGUUCAAAGUUGGUCCGGAAGGUACCGCGAUGGCAGACAUCAGUAUUCGAAAUCAAACUAUCGAGAGACUUGCGGAGAGAGACACGAUCCGAGCAAACGACGACUUGUUCUUAGAUAA